CGCGGGGCCGCCUCAGCCGCCGCCGCCGCUCAGCCAGGGCCCGGCCGGGCCUCCGCCGCGGGCCGUGCACCCGGACGGCGGGACGGGCUGCGACGCGCACCAGAGCCAUGACCUGAAAUCCUGAUGACCACUGCCAGGGCCUCUGGGUAACCGGCAAGUGCACCAUGGAACUUAAAGUAUGGGUGGAUGGAGUUCAGAGGAUUGUUUGUGGGGUCACUGAAGUCACAACUUGCCAGGAGGUUGUAAUAGCCUUAGCCCAAGCUAUAGGUCGGACUGGAAGGUACACCCUCAUAGAGAAAUGGAGAGAUACUGAGAGGCACUUGGCACCACAUGAAAACCCCAUCAUAUCCUUAAACAAGUGGGGGCAGUAUGCUAGUGACGUACAGCUCAUCUUGCGUCGGACUGGGCCAUCCCUCAGUGAGCGCCCCACCUCAGACAGUGUGGCCCGGAUUCCUGAAAGAACUUUGUACCGACAGAGCUUGCCCCCCUUAGCCAAACUGCGGCCUCAGGUAGACAAGUCAAUCAAGAGAAGAGAACCUAAAAGGAAGUCCCUGACGUUCACAGGAGGUGCCAAAGGGCUGAUGGACAUUUUUGGAAAAGGUAAAGAAACUGAGUUUAGGCAGAAGGUGCUGAGUAACUGCAGAACCACAGCAGAAGAGCUGAGGAGGCUGAUCCGGCUGCAGACAGAUAAGCUGCAGACCAUUGAGCAGCAGCUGGAGUCCAGUGAACUAGAGAUACGAUUCUGGGAGCAAAAAUACAAUUCCAGCCUGGAAGAGGAAAUUGUCCGUCUGGAGCAAAAGAUCAAAAGGAAUGAUGUGGAGAUCGAGGAGGAGGAGUUUUGGGAAAAUGAACUACAGAUAGAACAAGAAAAUGAGAAGCAGCUCCAGGACCAGCUCGAGGAGAUACGGCAGAAAGUCACAGACUGUGACAGCAAGCUGAAGGACUACCUGGCACAGAUCCACUCUAUGGAAAGUGGUCUCGAAGCAGAGAAGCUGCACCGGGAAGUUCAGGAGGCACAAGUCAACGAGGAGGAGGUGAAAGGAAAGAUUGAAAAGGUCAAGGGGGAGAUGGACCUCCAAGGGCAGCAGAGCCUGAGGCUGGAGAACGGCAUUAGAGCUGUAGAGAGGUCUCUGGGGCAGGCUACCAAGCGCUUACAGGAUAAGGAACAGGAGCUGGAGCAGUUGACCAAAGAGCUACGUCAAGUCAAUCUCCAGCAGUUCAUCCAGCAGACAGGGACAAAGGUCACCGUGUUGCCAGCUGAGCCCACUGAAAUAGAGGCCUCCCAGGCAGACAUAGAGACAGAGGCACCAUUCCAGUCUGGGUCCCUGAAGCGACCUGGUUCAUCACGGCAGCUCCCCAGUAAUCUUCGUAUUCUGCAGAACCCCAUCUCUUCUGGAUUUAAUCCUGAAGGCAUCUAUGUAUAACAUUGUCUUCAGGGGAAGGAUCCAGCCAAGGUACCAAGGACAAUAAAGUCUUUCAGUCUGUGCCAACUGAACAGAGGGUCUGUUCCCAAGCCGCUAGCUGUCUCCUCUCCCGAUUGCAACCCCUGGAGCCUGUGCACUGAUGCUGAACACGGAGGAGCCUGUUCACACUUCGCAGUAUUGACAUGUUGUCCAGCAGCUGAAAUGCAAAGCCUUCGUUUUUUAUUUGUAGUGUUCUGAGAACAUUAGGAAAGUAUUAAUCUAUGUUUAUACAUGAAUAAACCCUGAAUUAAGAGUAAAGUUAUGUAACUGUUUAAUUUAUUCCAUGUAACCGAUUGAUGUAUGAAUGUUGCUGUUUAAUAUUUUAUUAAUCCUUACCCUGUGACUUCAUUAUGUUAAAUAUUGUGGGAUUCUGACUGUGCAUGUUGGCAGACUCCAUCCGAGCUUUGCGCUGGCCUAGCUAAACAGCCUCGUGGGGCGCUCCACCAUCCAGACUGACUCCAACGGAACCACUGCACUUCAGUUAACACUGAGCCUCUCUCUCCUCACCCUUGCUUAAGUGAGGUAAUUCAGCUUUCUUUCUGGUCUGGAAGUUAAUGGUUUCUUUACAGUAUUUCCAAACAUAAAUUACCACAUAACAUCACAGAAACACUUUAAUGGGGUAAAUUGUUCAUGUAAAAUGUUUGUGGUCAUAGACUGCCAGCAGCCAGCUGACGGCUGUCCAUGGUUUCCUGACACACUCUGGGUCUUCCUGCCUUACUGCCUCCCAUGGAGAGAGCUCUGAGGAUCGGGUUGCUGUAUUUUGGGAGUCAUGUGAUAUAUUCCAGAACAACCCACCUCCUCUGUAGUCAUGCCAUGCAGAGCAGGGGUAGGUGCUGCAUGCCGUGAUUUAAAACGUGGGCUCUGCGUUUUCUCUAGUCACAGAGUCCAAAGUAGAGAACACUGCAGUUGGGUAUUUUUUUACCAAGGAAAUAAAGUUAAAUUCAGAGUAUGUUUUUAUUUUUAAGUUUGACUUUAUAGGGUAUUAGUCUCCAUUUAUAUUUAUAUCAUUUUGUGUAUUAAGCCAAAAAAAAAGAGUCAAUACUUUUCUCAUGUGCAGUGACUUAGCCUCAUUCACAGGUAAUGUUUAGACAUGACUUAGCCUCAUUCACAGGUAAUGUUUAGACAUGCUGUCAGAUGCCUUGCAGCCGUUUACCUUCUCUCUGAGCACAUUGGCACAAUGUAACUAAGACUUACAUCUGAAACUGAAAGUAGCUUCCAAUUCUAAAGAGAAUAUAUUCUCUGUUCUACUUACAUGCGAUCAAAUAGAAGUGGACUAAUAUGGCAAUGCCUUGAUAACACUGGAGGCAGCUCUGGGUGUUGGAAUUCAUCCGACUUAUUGGUUGUUUAAUGAAUGUGUAAUGAAGCAGAGAAUGCUGCUUUAUUUAGGUUUCCAUAGAGAAGACGUAAGAAUGGCUGUGAAAUAAUAGAUGCUUCUCGAGAACCAAAAGCCAUGAGUGUUGCCUCUUCCCACAUAAAUAAAUAGCAGACCUCAACUGAAGUGCUGUCUCGGGACUUCCCGAGUUGAUCUUGCCAUUACUGCUUUGCAGAUAACUGGAGAAGGAAGCACGGCCUGUACACAUCUGCUCCAGAUUUGUAACAAUUGUUUCCUAUCACUGUAUAUUUAAAAAUGAUAAUUCAAAGUCAAAGUAAUGUGUAACUCUUUGUGACAGUGGUGACUCCAUAUGCCCAGUACAUGCCUUAUUCUCAGACUCUCCUAUCCUGAGUCAUUGAUCAGCUAAAUUAAACCUUGAUCACAAAGAAAAACAGUGUACAAAUGGAUUGUCUUCGAUUUAAAGCCAAAUGCUAACCACAGGUAUGUUAAGCUCUACGAUGACUAAUUAGAGACAAAGCUGGGCAUGGUGGUUCAUGACUAUUAUCCCAGCACUCAGGAGACUGAGGCAGGAGAGUUGUCACAAGACGCAGGCCAUCCUAAGUUCCACGACAAGUUCUAGAAUAGCAUGGGGUCUAGUGUGAGACCCUGUCUCAAAAAGAAAGAAAAGGACCUGCAGAUUCCUUGGCAUACCUGGCGGGGCCGCACAGUGCUCAGCUCACGUGGUGGUUGUGAACUGCCGGUGUAACUAGGAACUCCAAAGCAGGUGGCACGUCCCACCAGCUCCCUGCAGUCCUGGCCCUCCACCAGUGUCACAGUUAACAUCUGUAACAACCUCAGAACUCUGAAGCUGCCAGCUCCUCUCCAUGGGCCUAAUUACACACAACACUGCCUCCCAGACGGGUGGGGUGUGACCACAUGAGUUCACAAACAGGCUGAGCAGCUGCGAUUCGUCACCAGUUAACAGGACUUCCGCAAGCACACCACUGUCGAAUAUUUUCUAAAUCUUUUUUAGCUAGGGAAAACAACUAAUUUCUGUAGAAACAUCUGAAAAUAUUUUAGUCUACUGUGACUGUUUUUACCUAUUGUGACUACAAAUGAAUCGGCUUAAGAGCCCUGUCUUUGGCCGCUUCUCAAAGGGGUGUGGGCAAUAGGAUUCAAAAAAUACCAAAUGUAACAUUUUGCAUAUGGGGAAAUAAAUAUCCAGGUUCUAAAUAGUAAAUUAGAUCACAAAUUUUUGUGUCUUUUUAAUCAGUAUUGCAGGUUAUAUUAUGCAGUUUUUCUACAGGUAUUAAAUAUAUUCCAAGUUUUAUUCUUACCAGUGACUAAUUUGAAUAUCACUGGUCUGUUUGACCUCCAGAGCAUCCUCAUUCUCAGAGAAUCACCCACAGUGGGUUACCUCAGUUUGUGUGUGUUUCAUGUUUUCAUUUCCUUUAUAUUUUGGCUGUUAAUGUUCCUUUUUUGUCUCAGUGAACAGCGAGUAUUUUAUAUAUGAGGCUUCAGUUGGUGUUGGUUGACCUCUGAAUGCCCAGUUAGUUAUGGAUGGGCAGUUCAGCAGCUCCUCUAGUUGAAAUCAGUUAUAAAAGAGAGCUAUUUCCAGCCUGGUCUGUACAGUAAAGGCACAGCUCGUGGCAUGAGAUAUGGAGUGUGGUGAUGUAGACCGAUAGAUCAGCACUGCUCCCAGAGCCAAGAUAAAGUGCAGUCCUCUGGUGACACAGCUUCGUUUGUAAGAGCAAAGAGGUCUUCAGAAAUAACUCGUAUGUCAGGGAAUACCUUUCCAAGUUAGGACUUUAGCAGAUGGACAAGGACAAACACCUGGCUUCAGGCAUGGACGGGGACAGGCAGUUAGCGUUGGACAUUGCCUUCGACAGAUUAGGCCUUAAUUUGUAGAUAGAUAUUGAAUGACGCUCUGUAUCCCUCUCUAACACAAGCCUGUCUUGAUUAGUUGAUACUGUGGUGAAGCCAGCUCGUAAGUAUUCUUUUUGUAUCAUGUCAGUGUUUUUAAGUUGCAUGUUCAUACUGUCUGCUCUGGUGUUUUUAAGUUCCAGGAGAAGGCUGUUAGUGUGUCAGGAACUCAGCCCAUCAGUAUUUAUUUAGUUAUGCUGCUUCACAUUUCCCAGUGCACCUUGGAUGCCAGGUCAGUGGCUGCGGCGGCGGCAAAGCUGCAGGAGCUCCUUCCUGGGCAUUUUAUAUAUUUUUAGAAACCAAAUGGCUGCAGAUGGCUAUUUAGCAUACUAUUAAACCAGCAGAACUCUAAAAGGCAAUAAAUAUAUGCAUAUAUAUGGGGGGGAGGGGAAAGAGUGAAAAAUACAGGUUUACAGCCAGACAUGGUGACAGCCCUUCAGUGUAUUCCUCAGUGUCUGUCACUGACCUAGAAGGAUUGGAGUCCCUACAGCUUUAGACAGAAAGUGUCCAUGUUUGCUGACUGUGAGCCAUAAAUAUGCUUUUAGUACUGCUUUGCUGAUGUAUAAAUAAGAAAUCUGUAAUAUGUAUUAUAUGUAAUUAUUUUCUUUUGACUUCAUUUCAAAAUGUAUAUUUUCUGAUUAUUAUCAUGAGCUAUAAAGCAAAAGAUCAAUAUCUGAUAUUCUCCCAAAUAAUAAAUUUUCAAGAUUCAUUGGGGCA